GCCCCCUCCCCGGAACCGGCGGUCGAGCGGCAGCCGCCGGGCAGUGGAACUGCGACGGCACCGCGGAGCCGCCGGCAUGAGCUCCUCCCGCAGCCCCGCGCCCCGGGUUCGGCCUUUCUGACAAGAGCUAGACUUUGGGAUCCUUGAGGCUAUUCAGCUAUGCACUUUUGAAUAUCCUCUCACCAUAUUCAACAUAACAUUCUUAAUGAUUAUCCUCAGCAGGACAGGUGUGAGAGGAUUGCUAUUGUACUACAAUCAUGGUGCAAAAAUACCAGUCACCAGUGAGGGUGUAUAAACACCCCUUUGAAUUAAUUAUGGCUGCCUAUGAAAGGAGGUUCCCUACAUGUCCGCUGAUUCCCAUGUUUGUGGACAGUGACACUGUGAAUGAAUUCAAGAGUGAAGACGGGGCCAUUCACGUCAUUGAAAGGCGCUGCAAGCUGGACAUAGACGCACCCCGGCUGUUGAAGAAGAUUGCAGGAGUUGAUUAUGUUUAUUUUGUCCAGAAAAACUCUCUCAAUUCUCGGGAGCGCACUCUGCACAUUGAGGCCCAUAAUGAAACGUUUUCCAAUCGGGUCAUCAUUAACGAGCACUGCUGCUACACCGUUCACCCUGAGAACGAAGACUGGACCUGUUUUGAACAGUCUGCAAGUCUAGACAUCAAAUCUUUCUUUGGUUUUGAAAGUACAGUGGAAAAAAUUGCCAUGAAACAGUACACCAGCAACAUUAAAAAAGGGAAGGAAAUCAUUGAGUACUACCUUCGUCAGCUUGAAGAAGAGGGCAUCACCUUCGUGCCGCGCUGGACCCCACCUUCCAUCGGGCCCUCUUCAGAGACGUCCUCGUCCAGCAAGAGUCAGGUGGCAUCCACGGCUGUUGUGGUCCCAGAGGCUGCCCUCAAGGAGGGGCUGAAUGGAGAGGCCCUCAGCAACCCUGGAGGGACCCCUGAGCCCACGGUGGGAACCCCUGAUGACAAACUCGAUGCCGAUUACAUCAAGAGGUAUCUGGGUGACCUGACCCCACUCCAGGAGAGCUGCCUUAUCAGGCUUCGCCAGUGGCUCCAGGAAACCCACAAGGGCAAGAUCCCAAAGGAUGAGCAUAUUCUUCGGUUCCUACGCGCUCGGGAUUUUAACAUCGACAAGGCCAGAGAGAUCAUGUGUCAAUCUUUAACAUGGCGGAAGCAGCACCAGGUGGACUACAUCCUGGACACCUGGACCCCACCCCAGGUGCUUCAGGAUUACUACGCGGGAGGAUGGCACCAUCACGACAAAGACGGACGGCCUCUCUACGUGCUCAGGCUGGGGCAGAUGGACACCAAGGGCUUGGUACGAGCCCUGGGCGAGGAAGCCCUGCUGCGAUACGUUCUCUCCAUAAACGAAGAGGGCCUGAGGCGCUGUGAAGAGAACACGAAGGUCUUUGGCCGGCCCAUCAGUUCCUGGACCUGCCUGGUGGACCUGGAAGGGCUGAACAUGCGCCACUUGUGGAGACCUGGCGUCAAAGCCCUGCUGCGAAUCAUCGAAGUGGUGGAGGCCAAUUACCCAGAGACACUGGGCCGCCUUCUCAUCCUCCGGGCACCCAGGGUCUUCCCUGUUCUCUGGACGCUGGUCAGUCCAUUCAUUGAUGACAACACCAGAAGGAAGUUCCUCAUUUACGCAGGAAAUGACUACCAGGGCCCCGGCGGCCUGCUGGACUACAUCGACAGAGAGAUCAUUCCAGAUUUCCUGAGCGGGGAGUGCAUGUGUGAAGUGCCAGAGGGUGGACUGGUCCCCAAAUCUCUGUAUAGGACUGCGGAGGAGCUGGAAAAUGAAGACCUGAAGCUCUGGACCGAGACCAUCUACCAGUCUGCAAGUGUGUUCAAAGGAGCCCCUCACGAGAUUCUCAUUCAGAUUGUGGAUGCUGCUUCUGUGAUCACUUGGGAUUUUGACGUGUGCAAAGGCGACAUUGUCUUUAAUAUCUAUCACUCCAAGAGGUCUCCGCAGCCCCCCAAGAAGGACUCCCUAGGGGCCCACAGCAUCACCUCUCCAGGCGGGAACAACGUGCAGCUCAUCGACAAGGUCUGGCAGCUGGGCCGCGACUACAGCAUGGUGGAGUCGCCCCUAAUUUGCAAAGAAGGAGAAAGCGUGCAGGGCUCUCAUGUGACCAGGUGGCCAGGCUUCUACAUCCUGCAGUGGAAGUUCCACAGCAUGCCGGCGUGUGCGGCUACCAACCUGCCCCGGGUGGACGACGUGCUGGCCUCCCUGCAGGUGUCCUCACACAAGUGUAAAGUGAUGUACUACACAGAAGUGAUCGGCUCCGAGGACUUCAGAGGCUCGAUGACCAGCCUGGAGUCCAGCCACAGUGGCUUUUCCCAGCUGAGCGCCGCCACCACCACCUCCAGCCAGUCUCACUCCAGCUCCAUGAUUUCCAGGUAGUGCCGCGAAGCCUGUGUCCACUGUGUGGAGGGGAUGGCCGCGCCUCGACAGCCAACUGUGCCGGCCGCCCACCGACGUUGAGCAGCCUCCUCUCGCCCUCUAGGUAGCUCUAGCCAUCCAGAUGGUAAACUAGCCACGCCGUCCCAGAACUGUCGACAGGUAGUCUUAACUCUGACCCUGACCUUAACUCGAUAGCCAUAGAUUUUAUACACAGCGUGCACAAAAUCAAACCAGAGCGCAAGGGCUCUCUCGAAAGAAAAAUGGUUUAUAUUGCCAGUUAAGAGAUUGACUUCGUCUCAAAUAUUGAUGCAAAAAAUUUUUCCAACAAGCUCCACCUUGUCCAUUAGUGAAUGACUUCCCAUGACGUCUUCAGAGCCAAGCCCACCUUCUCCCAGGGAACAGAAGCCCCCAGCUGCUUGCCCUAAGCUGCACCGCGGUCCUUGUGGCUCCCUGUUAGUCGAGAUGGUCGGUGGAUCCGGUGGAAGCCCCCGAGUCCUUUCCUCUGGAAGACUCGGGCAGUCUGUAGCAGCACCUAGUCCUAGGGCCGAACUGCUGCUGUUCCUGAGUGGGGCUGGUGGCUCAGGAAGGGUUCUUGGGGGCGCCCGCAACUCCGGGAAAAUGCCACCAUCAUUAAACAUUGCUUUCUCUCUCCUCCUUUUCAAAUCUUUCGAUAUUUUUCAGAGUAGAAUUUUUCUGUGAACUUGGGUGGAGGUGUUCUCCCUUUUCCCUCUGGGUGCCUCUCUUCCCACUGCAGGGAGGGUGCUCUGGGCUCAGUGCCACCCCUCCCGCGUACUCUAGCAGCUCGCUGUGCUCGGCCACUUCUGCUCCGGCCAUUCUUUAGAGGGUGUUCUGGAAACAGCCAUGUUUGCUGUUUGGAAGCUGUGGCAAUGAGUGUUAGCUGCCAGCAGGGUCACUUAAGGAGGGCAUGGGGCUGUAGGAGCCCUUUGCGUUUGUAAGUGGAAACUGGAUGCAUGUGCAGGUGCUUGUGGGGUGCGCGCAGCAGCCGGGUGAUGGUGCAGGUGGACAGCUGGAAGCUCAGUUUGAGUCGCAAAGGAGUCCUCGGGAGCAAAUCCGAGUAUGAGAUCGGUUUGCUUUUUACAUUUUCUUUUUGAUUUCCAACUACCAAGCCUCUUUGCCCUCUUCCCCCCCUUCACCAAUUUUUAAUGAGAAAGGCACGUUAUUUAUGAAUCUGUCCAGGAGUCACAUAGGGUUGGUUGUGUGAUAAAGACAUGCAAUGUGUGUUUUGUGUGGCAGGGGUUUUUAAAUUGUGCACCACGCCACACAGCCUUCACAGUCCUAGAUCACGGUGCUCUGACUCAGCCUGGGCAUUGGGUGAGCGGCCAUGUGACCAGAGAGCUGUGUGGAGGCCAAGUGUGCACCCCAUGAGUAGGUCGGGUGAGCCUGGGAGAAACUGACUGCCCCGCUCCUGGCCAGAGGAGGCCUCUGGCUCCUGUGCCUGUGCACCUUGAGGCACACGCGGACCCCCCGGGUCCCGCCUGCCCUUGCCCUAUAAGGCAGCUCGCUGACACCGAAACCUCGUUCCCAGAGCAUGGCAGGGCUGGCCAGCACAUCUGCGCUGUCAGAGCUUCCCAUCUCCAGUUACAAGGACCUGAGGAUGGUCCCUCUUCUCUCUCUUCCUGUCUCUCUCUCCCUGUCUCUCCUGUCUCUGUCUGUCUCUCUGUCUCAGAUGGCGAUUUUGCUGACAGCUGCCAAGAAAAUGCUUCACUCACCCGUCCACACGUGCCCAGAGGUGUUUCUAGAGCAUUUGACUUGCAGCCAUGCCCCACCCCAGGCUGAAGACGCGUUCCUUUUAGUUGGUUCAGAAGUGGCACUCUUUUAUCCCCAGAGAGCUGACUGUGUCUCUGAGACUUGAGAGCAGCAUAGGACUGCACAGUGCCCGUGGCCCCCGGGAGCGUGGUGGCCCUCGGGAGCGUGGGGCCCCUCGUCUUGUGAGGGAUUGGGCACAGGGUUCCCUGUGCAGCUGCGCAUCUCUUGACGUCUCGUGCCCUGCCGCUCUUGAAAUGCUGCUGUCGUCUCCCUUUUACGCUCCAAUGAUUCUGUUGGUUCUCCCUUCUAUUACUAGUGUCUUAACUCACUUUCCUAGAUUCAUUAUUUGCAUAUCAGAAUUCCCUAAAUGUUUUGUAAACAUAUUACCUCACUCUUGGUAAUACAAUACUGAUAGUCUUUAAAAGAUUUUUUUAUUGUUACCAAUAAUAAAUGUGAACUGUUUAAGAAAA